UGCAGAAAAAGUGACCGGCAUUUGAGCACGCCUCUAUUGAGAAUUGGUAUCAUGCGUGUGAAAAGCAUACUACCGGCAAGACUGCAAGAGUGAAGAGUCAUGGCUGUCUUGCUCUCUGCAUCUCUCCCAAGUCCCAAGUUUAAACGGGCAAAUCUUGAAACCCAGCAAGCGUUUUCUUUAAAUUGGUUGCAAUGGCUGCUCAAAUCCAGAUUUCCAUUUUCCAGGUGCAACUCAGCAAUUGGAAGGUGGAUAUGCAAGUCAAUCUCGAUCAGAAAAGAAAAAACAAGAAAGAAAAAAAUUGAUUCCAAAUUUCCAGAGAUGCUGCCGAAUGAGGCAUAUGAAACAGAUAGGUCUUGGACAUCCAUUCAAAUUAUGGAGUUUGCUAAGAAAAUGGAUAUGUUUCCAAGUGUUAUGGUUGCCUACAGGAUUUUAUUGACUAUACCGGUGACGGUAGCAUCCGCUGAAAGAAGUUUUUCAAAAUUGAAGUUAUUAAAGUCUUAUCUUCGGACUACCAUGACUCAAGAUAGGCUGAAUGGAUUAGCUAUUUUAACCAUUGAAAGAAAUAUGUUGGCAAAUGUUGACUACAAAAAGAUAAUUGAUGAUUUUGCUUCAAGAAAUGCAAAAAGACAUCAUUUUAGAUGAUUUGUAACUCCUUCAUA